AGCGGCUGGUAGGCGGUGCCUGCGCGGGUGUUAGGUUAGCGCGAGGCGUGACCUAGUUGACAGGCUCUGAGGUGCUGCUGUGGCGGCGUCCGCGGGGCUGAGGCGGGUGGGAGCCGGAGCCGAGCGCGGGCUGAGGGAGGAGGGCGGCGACUGGAGAGCGGCGAGCGGCGAGCAGCGCAGGACGCAGAGCCUCUUUCACUUUUUCCCUGCUGAGUGCCCCCUCCCACCCCUCCCACUCCACACACACCCUGUUUGCCCGUGAGCCUGGGGAACUUGCAGCUUAAAGCCAGCCACCCCCACGGCAACAUGUACCCCAGCAACAAGAAGAAAAAGGUGUGGAGAGAGGAGAAAGAACGUUUAUUGAAGAUGACCUUAGAAGAGAGACGCAAAGAAUACCUAAGAGACUAUAUUCCCCUGAACAGCAUUCUAUCAUGGAAGGAGGAGAUGAAGGGCAAGGGCCAAAAUGAUGAAGAAAAUACUCAGGAAACAUCCCAGGUGAAGAAAAGUUUGACUGAAAAAGUUUCUCUCUAUAGAGGUGACAUCACAUUGCUAGAGGUAGAUGCUAUAGUCAAUGCCGCAAAUGCCAGUCUUCUUGGAGGAGGAGGUGUGGAUGGCUGUAUUCAUAGAGCAGCCGGCCCCUGUUUGCUAGCUGAAUGUCGUAACCUGAAUGGCUGUGAUACUGGACAUGCAAAAAUCACAUGUGGCUAUGACCUGCCUGCAAAAUAUGUCAUCCAUACUGUAGGGCCAAUAGCCAGGGGCCAUAUUAAUGGUUCCCACAAGGAAGACCUUGCAAAUUGCUAUAAAUCAUCUCUGAAGCUGGUGAAAGAAAAUAACAUCCGAUCAGUUGCAUUUCCCUGCAUCUCAACAGGCAUUUAUGGCUUUCCCAACGAGCCUGCUGCGGUCAUUGCCCUCAGCACCAUUAAGGAAUGGCUUGCCAAGAAUCACCAUGAGGUGGAUCGGAUCAUUUUCUGUGUCUUCUUAGAAGUUGACUUCAAAAUCUACAAAAAGAAAAUGAAUGAGUUUUUCUCCGUAGACGAUAAUAAUGAAGAAGAAGAGGAUGUUGAAAUGAAAGAAGAUUCAGAGGGGUUAGAGCCAAAAGGCCUCUCUCCACCCUACAAAAAGAGCAAAGCAAAGAAGCCAGAAUGUUCGAAAGACUCUAGCGAGGAUGAGAACGGUCCAGAGGAGAAGCAAAGUGUGGAAGAAAUGGAAGGGCAGAGCCAAGAUGCAGAUGGUGUCAACACUGUCACUGUGCCCGGCCCUGCUUCAGAAGAGGCAGUUGAAGACUGUAAAGAUGAAGAUUCUGCAAAGGAUGACAGUAUUACAAAAGGCGGUGAAGUGACAGAUCAUUCUGUGCAUGACCAAGAUCAUCCCGAUGGACAAGAGAAUGAUUCAACGAAGAAUGAAAUAAAAAUUGAAACAGAAUCGCAGAGCUCAUAUAUGGAAACAGAAGAACUUUCAUCAAACCAAGAAGAUGCCGUGAUUGUGGAGCAACCAGAAGUGAUUCCAUUAACAGAUGACCAAGAAGAAAAAGAAGGUGAAAAAGCUCCAGGCGAGGACACACCUAGGAUGCCUGGGAAAAGUGAAGGCUCCAGUGACCUAGAAAACACUCCAGGUCCUGAUGUUGAAAUGAAUAGUCAGGUUGACAAGGUAAAUGACCCAACAGAGAGUCAACAAGAAGAUCAACUAAUAGCAGGGGCACAAGAUGAAGCGAAGGAACAAAGAAAUGGAACUAAAUGACAAUCCUCAGCAUCGCAAGGCCUCUCCUGGCUCUGGGGGAGCUCGGGAAGAUAGCAGCACACGCUGUGGAGGAGGGUGGGGGUGGGGGGAAGGCAAGUCCCAUGGAAGGACGGGGAAUCCUUUACUCUAAUUUCUCCAGCUGCAUUUUGUUCCGUUUAUCUGCAGAAAAAGAAAGAAAAAAAAGAAAAAAAAAGUUUCCUUUAAUUUGGUGGAGGGACCCAUGUUGACGCAUCUUUCAGGCAUUAUCCUUGUAAUUUCUGUCUUUUCUCUUACAACUUUGCCCCAGGGUCACAGUGGCUUGAUUGAACACUCACAUGUGUAUCCUGGCCCCUGUCUGCUUUCUUGGUUAUUUCACAAAGCUGGUCACACAGUGGUUUAUUCAAAGGAAGGGGAGGAAGACAGUGGUUUGAUAAGCUGCAGGCUAAAUUUUAGGAAUCAAUGAGCCCAGCAGCAGUACAAUCCCCAGACAGAGGAGGCAGGAUAGAAAAUGGGCAAAAGCCUCGGAAACCACUUGAAAAAGGUCUGGACAAUGAGGUGAAAAUAUUUUCUUCAGGGUUCCCAAGGCACAGUUCGUUCCAAGUGGCUAAUGAGAAAUAUGGAAGCUGAAUUUUUUCCAGAGCAGAGUGCAGAGGCAUAACAGAAGGGUGGGCCCUGGCAGCCAUCUGGGUCUCUUCCUUCCUAACCAGGGUGGCAGGUGCAUCCUUCUUUGACACUGACUUUCAGCAGAGCUUACUUGGUUCAUGAGGUCUUCACAUGGAGACCACCAGCAAGAGGUGACUCUCUGCUGCAUAACUGUAAAGGAUGGCCCUUUGCUAGGUGUUACAGUUAAAAGCUAAGAAAAGGGGCACUGCAUUUAGGACCCAAACAUAUGCCUAUGAAUAUCAAAAGCUCCUCCUGAAAUCGCUAUGAGUUUUCCGUAAAAGAAUAUCCUGUCUUCACCCAAGGCUUGACAGCCCACAGAGCAGUCUCAUUUGAAAUUACAGGAAAUUAGAGCUUUUGCUUGCAGUUCUGCCUUCCUGGCCUGUGUUUAAAUGCUGUCACUUGUUUAUGCCAAGUUCAAGGCUGAUUCGAUGGUUGGUCCCCUCACCCAGAAAACCCUGAAGGGGAGGAUACAGCUCUGAAGGGGGGCAGCAGUACUAAAAACCCAAGAUGCCAGUGGUAUAGUGGGCACAAGGGAUGGCGACCAUGAGGAUGCCAGGCAUCAUCACCAAUAUCUAUCCUAGAGCCAGUAUAAGGCCAGAUGCCUACUUCCCACAGCCUCCCCGGGUUCCAAAGUCAUGUCAUUGUUUUCAGUGGAAACAUAUCGUUUGUUGCAUAUCUUCUUAAAUCCAUCUUCCUUGUAAGGGCUUUAGAACUAAAACUUACUUAUAUUGUUUUUCCUAACAGAGGGAGAAAAAUAGUGGAUUAUUAUUUCUAAAAUAAAAGGAUGUUCUGCUUUCUAAAUAUCCCAUCAAAAUCUUCAGUUUUGCACUUUUUUGAUGGAAAAUUCAUCUUAUCUUCCUAUGACUUUGGUUUUAGCCUUUCUGAAUUUGUUACCCCUUCUGGAUGGCUUAUUUGAUAUACUGGAAUAGUUAACAAGCUGUACUUCAGCAUAUGCAAUAUAUUCUAACAAAUUUUUUUUAAUAAAAUCAAGACAUCAGCAAGAAUGACAUUUACGUGACCUCAUAAUGUGGGAUUAUGGCCUUCUGUUGCUAUUCCAGUUUGAUAUGGAAGCAUCUAUAUCCUCUAUUGCCAUUAGAUGUUGUUGCUUUUCAGAAAAGUAACGAAAAGACUCAUUUUAAAGAAUCCAAGAAACGAUGUCAUCCAAAUAUUGACAGUUUCUACAUUUCAUGCCAUCUUUAUAACUCAAUUGAAAGUUGCCGUCAUUCUUGUGAAGUAUUUGACAAGUGCAAUCUGCUAGAAGCUCGUUUUUCUUGUGACUCCCAAAUGUUAGUGCUACUUAGCCUCAGUAACGAGUUACAGUUGAAAAAAACAUGAGGGAAACAGAGGGACAGAGAUUUUCUAAUGAACAAUGAUGGAAGAGACCUAAUGUCCUUGCUAGAAACAGCCAGGAUGGGAAUUAUCCAGCCCUGGCAUUCUCCUUAUCAUCAAUGACAGUCAUUUUAUUCAUUUAUUUCAAAUGUGGGUGGGGUAGAAGUGGAAGGAGGGAAUUCUCUCUGCCUAAAAAUUCUAGAAGAAUGAAAGUAAUCUUUGUAUCCAGGAAACUAAGAGAAUGAGGAAUAAAUAUCUUCAGCCCGACUCCUGAAUUUGUUUAUUCUUCCAUCUAUAAUUAGAUUGUGUUUUCAUUUUUGCUUUGUCAUGCUUUUUGGUUGUUAUUUGGCUAUACAGUUUUAUGCUUUAAAACAAAUGAUAAAGUUAAUUUCCAUUUCAAUAGUGAAAUAUUAACAAUCUAACUAUAGCCAGAUCAAAGACACCUGAACACAGAAAACCUUUAUUUGCUGGUGCUGCCAUUGCACAGGCUGUACAAUGGAAUAGAUUUGAAAAGCUGAUUGAUUUUCCUGCACAUAAAUUCUGGAUGUCAAUUUCCAACCAAACUCCAAUCCAGCUAUGUGGCAUGAAGAGUUACAGGAGGGAGGGAGGAAAAUAGCCCUAUGUUAGUCAUGUUUGCAUACAGAGGAUCAAAGUAGGCCUUCAACAUAAUAGUUCUAAUUAAAAUGGUCCUCGCUGUAGGAGAGACAAAGGGGCUUUUCCUCUAGCUGGUAACUAUUCAGAUGAUGGACAAGUCUUCUUUCAUAAAAGAUUACAAAGAAGGCAUCCGAAUCACUGUCUGUGAUACUGGGUCACAUAUUAAUCACCGCAGCUAAUUGUAAAUCUUUCUAUGAAACACUGAAAAGCCUCUUUGUGAAUUAAUACAGUUCUGCUUGAUGCACUUGAUUUGAAAAGACAUUUCUCUGUAUGUGGCGCAUGUCGGCUUUGCUUUGAAAAAUAACAAAGUUAGCAGAAUAUGUUCAAUAUAUUUUCUUGGGGAAUAGGGUUUUUAUUACAUGAUUCAUUAAGGAUUUGCCUUACCCUGACAUUUGUGAUAUAAAGGAAAAUCAGAAAAAAAGUAAUUUUCUUGAUCAAGAUAUGUUUUUACUUAAUGCAAAUAAAUGUAGUCUGUUGCUUGCAAGGAAAAAAAAAUGGCUUCUGAUAUCUGGUAUAAACUGCUAAAUAGGAUAAUACGUGCCUCUUUUGUUAAACCAGCAUUUAAAUGCUGGACUGCUUCUGAAUCUGUUUGUUUCUUUUCAUCUGUGCCAUACACUAAAAAACAACUGUUGCCUUCAUACUAUAUUUGUUAGAGCAGAAUACAAAUAAAAUUUGUUUGAGAGGAUAAUGUGAAA